ACCAUCAGACACUCUGUCUCACACACACACACCCACUAUCGCACUCUCUCACACACACAUCCUGUGACUGGAUUUAAAUGGCGACGUUUCUGACUUUCUGCAUUUUAAUCACCAUAUUUUUUCCAAAUGUACUCUGGGUUGAAGCUGAUACAGCAGAGCCUAGAGUGCUUCAUCGACAGAAAAGAAGCUGGAUCAUCCCUCCAAAGAAGCUGUUUGAGAAUGUGGAUUAUACCAAAGAAGAUUUUAUUGCUAAAAUCCGAUCGGAUGAAGAGGUCAGGACAAAUAUUACAUAUUCUCUAAUAGGACCUGGAGUGGAUCAGGGAUUAUUCACAGUCAACCCAAAGACUGGCUUUGUCCAGAUCCAUGGCAUCUUGGAUAGAGAGAAGACCGCGGAGUAUAAACUCAAAGGAAGAGCUACGCUAAGCAAUGGAGAGCUUGCUGAAAAGGACAUCGAUUUGAAUAUCAUCGUUCUAGACCAGAAUGACAACCCCCCUGUGUUUAACAUGGAGGUGAUUGGGUCUGUUGAUGAACUCAGUGCUGAAGGCACCUACGUAAUCGUAAUCACAGCCACUGAUGCGGACGAGCAAGGCACAGAACGUUCAAGAAUUUCCUACGAAGUUGUACAACAGGAGCCAGCUGGAGUGAUGAUGUUCAAGGUCGAGAGAUCAUCUGGUCAAAUCAUUGUCAAAAUGAACACACUGGACCGAGAGGCACAUGAAACGUACAAACUGAUAAUCACAGGUACAGACAUGUACAAAAGCUCUUCAUCAUCUUCCCAAGACAAAUCACUGACAGGAACAGGGACUGUGGUCAUCACCCUUAAUGAUGUUAAUGACAACAUCCCCGUAUUAGAGAAGCCCUAUUACGAGGGGAGUGUGGAGGAGAACACCAUAAAUGUGGAAGUGAUGCGGUUUUUGGCUAUAGACAAGGAUAAGAUUCACACAGAAAACUGGGAGGCUGUAUACACCAUCAUCUCAGGAAAUGAGGCAGGUUACUUCAACAUCAGCACAGACUCCCAAACUAACGAGGGUGUCCUGGUACUCAUAAAGGAGCUGGACUAUGAGCUGUUGAAGGAGAUCAGGCUGGAAGUGGUGGUCAGAAACAAGGCAGCUUAUCACAAGUCAGUGGUGAUUGGCAAGCCCAAAGUGUACCCCUUUAAGAUCAAAGUGAUUAAUGUGCCAGAAGGCCCUCGUUUCAACCCCAUUGUCAAAACUGUCUACAUCUCUGAAGACCGCACCACCAUUAACCUGAAGAAGGUCAUCGCCACUUACACGGCCACGGACAGCGAUACACAAUUAACUGCCACUAAUAUCAGGUAUGUAAAAGUUGAUGCUCACAACUGGGUGACCAUUGAUGAGAAAACAGCUGAGAUCAGAUUGGUCAAAUAUCCUGACUACGAGUCCAAGUACCUGAUCAAUGGGACUUACUACAUCAAAAUCUUAGGCAUCACCAAUGAUUUUCCAGCCAAAACUGCGACAGGAACUCUUGCAAUUCAGGUGCAGGAUUUCAAUGACCACUGUCCAGUUCUGACCAGCUCAGUUGAAACGCUGUGUUAUGGCAAAAAAGUAAUGUACGUCACAGCCAUGGAUGAGGAUAGAUACCCCAAUGCUGAACCUUUCCAAUUCACUGUGGUUACUAAGGAAACAAAAGAGAACUGGAACGUUGAGCGUCUCAAUGAAACAACAGUCAUUUUGCGCAGCCAGACGCUCCUGUGGCCGGGAUAUUACACAGUGGCGCUGAGUGUGCAAGACCAGCAGGGAAAGUCCUGCCAACCAGUUCAAAAGCUUCAGGUAACCGUGUGCACAUGCACUGAGGCACAAGUGUGCCAACCUAAGACACGGACCAGCCUGAGCAAUGUACUGGGAGCACGUGGCGUUCUGGCAUUACUGCUCGGAAUCCUACUACUCUUGUUGAUUCCAGUGCUUUUGAUGUUGUGUGAGUGUGGAGGAGCUGCAACUCUUGGCAAAUUCCAGGCCUUCCCCUUUGAACAAAAACAGCAACUCAUCAGCUAUCACACUGAAGGCCAAGGAGAGGAUAAGGAAUUAUCGCUGCUCUGUCUGACGAGCCCGAAAGUAGACGGUGGCAGCAAAGAACAGGUUGGAGCUGGAUGUGGAGCAUGUGAAGGCUGGAAUAAAUAUGGCUGGGAGUCCCGUGAAGGCUGGAAUAAACAUGGCUGGGAGUCCCGUGAAGGCUGGAAUAAACAUGGCUGGGAGUCCCGUGAAGGCUGGAAUAAACAUGGCUGGGAGUCCCGUGAAGGCUGGAAUAAACAUGGCUGGGAGUCCAAACACCGUGUUAAACAUGAUGCUGACCAUGUUGAUAACCUGAUAGCUGUAACUGAAGGAUGUUCUGAACAUUCUGCGCAUGCCUUUGAUUACAUGGCUGUAUCCGAGACCUUUCUAGGCAACUACUUUUCAAAUAAAGCACUGGAUAUGGUGAAGGAGGAAGCUAGUGCAAACCAGCUGCUGAGGUUUGAUGAUGAAACCUGCAACUCAGUCACAGGCUCCUUAGAGGACCUCUGUGACUAUAUAGAUGAUGAAAACAAUCUGGAUUUCCUUGAUUACCUCGGGCCUCAGUUCAAAAGGCUUGCUGAGAUUUGCUGUGGCUCAGCCAUCAAACUCGAGGCCAGCUCCACUUCCAUGCCUCCCAAAGCAGUCUCCUCCAGUUCACAAAUGGGCAUCAAAGUAGAAGAAGCUGUUGGUGGUGUCCACAGUGAGGCGACCUCAGUCUUUGCAUCCAGUUCCUCCUCCACCACCCAAAUCGCCCAAACUACAAAUUCUAGAGAGUGUAUUCUCACUGGAGGCACCACAUCGGCAGCCACUGUUGGCCAAAUUCUUCCCGUCCAGCAGCCAACUGUCUACCUUUCCUCUACCCCCAUGUAUGUGGUGGAGCAACAUCACCCCACCUUUCUGAUUUCUAGUCCAACACCAAGUGUUCAAGAAAGCAAUGUGGUGCUGGUGGAGAAAGAGCGUAUCAACAUGGUAAGUGCUACCCAGAACACCCUUCCUAGGCUGGGCUUGCAGCAAGCACAUACUAAAGUGCUGGUGGAUCCAGGUAUUGGAGGCACAGUGGUGCAUGGGUUCUCUGGCCACCCUGAGCCUCAGGGCACUGUUUCUGGUACCCUUCGGGUUGUAGAAAGGCAAAGAGUAGAGAGCAUGGAGCCUGUACAUGUGGUGCAGAGCUUCUCACACUCCAGCAUCAACUAGAAUCCAAGUAUGAAGGCCCAAGGGGAAAGUAGAGGGAUCAUGGAUUUAGGAAACGCAUCAGUUAUCCCAAGCACCCUUUCAAUGUUGCAGCAAGAUGUACCUCUAUUUCUUAUGUCAAAUGGUAGCACUCACAAAAAGGUGUGAGAAGAAAGGGUUUCGGUUGUCGAGAAAAGUUUCCGGUCAAGCUCCACCUCCUAAUGCCACAACAAACACAAUCACUCAUUCUACAUGCUGCAUUCUACAGCCCAGAGGAGCAAUUUGAAAAGCAACCAGCAAAGGGAAAAGUGAAGACUUUGAAAAUCCAUUAAUGCAAUUUACAGGGAUCACCAUGAGUACUUGACUAAUCGAGUGCACAUUUAUGGAACCUUCUAAUCAGUUAGUAAAAUAUUACUACUAUGAGAUUUGAAUGAGUUUAGUGUCUGACGUUCAGCAUUUGGACAGACUGGAUGUUUGCAUCACUGUUUUGUCAUUUUGUUUUACAUGUAUGCAAUAGUUGUUUGAAUCUAGAGAACAUGAUUGGAUUGUUUGCAAUUAUAUAUGUAUAUUUGACAACAUCUACCAGUAUAUGAUUAAGGAACUGCCCAAUUCAACUGCUCAUUCAUUUCUUACUGGAAAAAUUAACAAUCACAUAGUGAGAUAUGUAAAUAUAAAACAAGUUAAUAUCCAUAACUGUCAUUGCCACUUUAAUCAGCCUGCAGGAUCACAGAUUUCUUGAUUUUGCAGUUUGGAGAUGUUUCUCCCAGUGCUACGAGCUACCUUUGCCUGUAAAAUAACCAGUAAAAUUAUCAGAUAAAUGCAUAAUUUGUCAAAAAAAAAGUAGGUAAUUUUCUCUGGAGAAGAGAGAGAAAGCAUGAAAGCAGCAGAUAUUUAACUUUUUAUGGUUUUGGAAGUACAAAUGCAGAACUCUGAUUUAUACAACCCCAGUUCCAAAAAGGUUGGGACUCUGUGUAAAUAAAAACAGAAUGCAAUAAUGUGCAAAUCAUGGAAACCCUAUAUUCCAUUGAAAAAGUAGAAAGACAACAUAUCAAAUGUUGAAACUGGGAAAUUUAUUUAUUUAUUUAUUUAUUUUUAAAUACAUGCUCAUUUUGAAUUUCAUGUCAGCAACAUGUUUCAGAAAAGUGGGGACAUGUUUACCACUGUGUUGCAUCACCUCUACUUUGAACAUGUUUGGGAACUCAGGAGGCCAAUUGCUGUAGUUUUGAAAGAGAAAUGUUGUCCCAUUCUCGCCUGAUAAACUAUUUCAGUUGCUCAACAGUUCGGGGUCUCCUUUGUCAUAUUUUGCACUUCAUAAUACACCAAAUGUUGUGUGGUUUUUUUUUUUUUAAAGAAGAAGAAGAAACCUUUAUUCGUCACAUGCACACUUCAAGCACAGUGAAAUUCAUCCUCUGCAUUUAACCCAUCUGAAGCAGUGAACGCACGCGCACACCCAGAGCAGUGGGCAGCCCAGAGCGCCCGGGAAGCAGUCAGGGGUUCGGUACCUUGCUCAAGGGCACCUCAGCCCACGGCUGCCCCACGUCAACCUCACUGCAUGUCUUUGGAUUGUGGGGGAAACCGGAGCACCCGGAGGAAACCCACGAAGACACAGGGAGAACAUGCAAACUCCACACAGAAAGGCCCUCGCCGGCUGCUGGGUUUGAACCCAGAACCCUCUUGCUGUGAGGCGACCAUGCUAACCAUUACAUCACCAUGCCGCCCUAAAUGGGAGACAGGUCUGGACUGCAGGCAGGCCAGUUUAACACCUUGGCUCCGUAGUAAAAGAGUCCAGCAGUUUUAAUAUGUGCAGAAAGCAGCUUGGCAUUGUCUUGCUGUAAGAAGGAAGGCCUUCCCUGAAAAAGAUUUUGUCUGGAUGGCAGCACAUUGUCCUGAAAUGUGUAUAUAUCAUUCAACAUUAAUGAUGCCUUCCCAGAUAUACAAGCUACCCAUGUCGUGUGCACUAAUGCAACCUCAUACCAUCACAGAUGCUGGCUUUUGAACUGUGCACUGAUGACAAGCCGGAUGGUCCCUCUCCUCUUUAGCCUGGAGGACGUGGUGUCCAUUUAUUUCUAAAAAGAAUUCCUACUUUUGAUUCUUCAGACCUCAGGACAAUUUUCCACUUCGCCUCAGUCCAUCGUAAAAGAGCUCAGGCCCAGAGAAGGUGGUGGUGUUUCUGGAUAUCGUUUAUAUUUGGUUUUAACUUGCAUUUGUGGAUGCAGUAAUGAACUGUUUUCAUAGACAAUGGUUUUCUGACGUGUUCCUGAGCCCAUAGUGAUUUCCAUGUGUCUGCUUGUUCAUGAACACGUGUCUGCUUUUAAUGCAGUGUCUCCUGAGGGCAUGAAGAUCAGAGGCGUCCAAUGUCAGUUUUCAGCCUUGUCUCUUGCAUACAGAGAUUUCUCCAGAUUCUCUGAAUCUUUUAAUGAUAUUAUGUACCAUGGAUGAUGUGAUCCCCAAAUUCUUUGCAAUUUUAUAUUGAGGAAUGUUAUUCUUAAAUUGUUGCACUGUUUGCCCAUGCAGUCUUUCACAAAGUGGUGAAUCCCUCCCCGUCUUUACUUCUGGGAGACUCCACCUCUCUGGGAUGCUCUUUUUACUGACUUUUUUUUCUUUUUUUUAGCAUUACACAACUUUUUCAGUCUUUUGUUGCUCCCGUCCCAACUUUUCUGAAACAUGUUGCUGACAUCACAUUCAAAAUGAGCAUAUAUUUUUCAAAAAACAAAAUUUCUCAGUUUCAACAUUUGAUAUGUUGUCUUUGUACUAUUUUCAAUUAAAUAUAGGGUUUCCAUGAUUUGCAAAUCAUCAUAUUCUGUUUUUAUUUAUGUUUUACAUAGUGUCCCAACUUUUUUGGAAUUGGGGUUGUAGUUAUAAUGGUUUGUUGUUAGCAUAAAUUGGUGUUAAUUGGUGCUAUGUAAAACAAAAUGUCAUGUAUGUGUCAGGCUGUUUUGUUAAAUUAAUAAGUAUUGGGUAAUUGGGAGAUUGUAGUGGCAUACACAUACACAAAUUAUACAGUUGCCUAUUUUGAAUAUUUAUGCACUCCCUGAGCAAUGACACUGCAGUGCCUCCUGCUGGAAUAAAACAGUGGAGUUUAAAUGAUUUCCGUUUCGUGUGUAUGGGUGACUGACACACCUCUAAAUUGCACAAUGAUUGUAUACUGUUGCUACAAGCACUGGAUUCAUUUGUGUUGUAAGAUUGAUUGGUUUAAACUCUCUGUUAAUGUAUUGGAACAAACUGGAAGCCAUCCCCCAGUUUCUUUUGAAUUCAGAACCAGGUUUUCAAUGCAAGACAGGAACAGCUUCUCACCCAGUUGUUUGUAGAUGUUAUCUAUUGAUUGUAUCACUUGUUCUACUGUAGUUUUUAAACCUAUUAUGGUGGCAAGCUGUGAGAGGUGUCCCAGGCCACAACACUUUCAGUAAUCAUCUCUGUUUGUCAGCAGUCCUAUUGAAGAUCUCAUCUCAUCUCAUCAUCUCUAGCCGCUUUAUCCUGUUCUACAGGGUCGCAGGCAAGCUGGAGCCUAUCCCAGCUGACUACAGGCGAAAGGCGGGGUACACCCUGGACAAGUCGCCAGGUCAUCACAGGGCCGACACAUAGACACAGACAACCAUUCACACUCACAUUCACACCUAUGCUCAAUUUAGAGUCACCAGUUAACCUAACCUGCAUGUCUUUGGACUGUGGGGGAAACCGGAGCACCCGGAGGAAACCCACGCGGACACGGGGGAGAACAUGCAAACUCCACACAGAAAGGCCCUCGCCGGCCACGGGGCUUGAACCCGGACCUUCUUGCUGUGAGGCGACAGCGCUAACCACUACACCACCGUGCCGCCCUCCUAUUGAAGAUAUCAAAGAAUAAGAUACCAACAGUUAGAAAAUUUGCCACCAUAUUUGUGGGUCAUUUUAACCAGGAAACUUUUUAAAUUUGCCCUUUUUAAAAAAAAAAUAAUUGUAGUGUGUGUGUGUGUGGGUGUUGAAUGAUCUGUUUAAGUGCUAUAGCUGAGAACGAUGUAGAACUUUUAGAGUAGAAGUGUGGCAGACCUGAGGUGUUUUUUUUUUUUUUGGUUUGUUUUAAAUCCAACCUCUGAACGAAUGGUGACCGAUUCUUCUAGCUCCUGCAGGAUUUCUGACCAAUUUGGCCCACUCCUACAGAAAGUUUGACCAGUCCUCUCCAUUCCUGAAGAAUUUCUCACAAUUCUGCCCACUCCUGCUGAGUUUGAACAAUCUCGCCUGCUUCAGAAGGAAUUCUGACCCAUCUUUCUCUCUCUCCCCCCUACAAUCCAAGAAGUAAACACCUCUUGUCAAUUUUUAUACGGUUCCUGACACACACCUCUACUUUAGUGUUGUUGCUGUUCUCUGUGGUGAAGGGAUGCACUGUUUUAGAUUGUUCAUACUCUAUAUAUUGUAAAAAAGGGAUUUAUUUCAUUUCAAGGUUACCAAUCUCUGCUACCAACAUUUAACACAAUCCUUAUUUUAAACAGUAAUUUUGAGAUGGAGGUUUUAUCUGUUUCAGUAAAAGAUGUUUGAUUGAAUAGUAUGUGCAAUUUUUAUUUUUACUUUUAUUUUCAGAAAACCAUGAAGUAACCGUGAUUUGUAAUGUCAAUAAAGAUUGGUUACUCAUAUAAACACUAAUAUGAAAAUGGGAUGUUGUGGGUUUUUUUUAUAUU